UUCUCCCUUCCCCUUUAUAUCCGCAGAACAGAGUACCCAUAUGAGCCAGCCAUAUUCAUUCUCUCUCUCUCUCUCUCUCCCCCUCUCCUCUGCUCUGCACUGGAAUUGAGCUGAGCUUUUCGUGUUGCUUCGCCGCCCGCAGCUGAAGCCGCCAUGGGAACGCAAGGUCCCGACGACGAGAAGUACAUCGACCGUCACUCCAUUGAGGAGAAACUAGCGAAGCAGAAGGAGAUCGACGAUUGGCUUCCCAUCACCUCUGCGAGGAACGCGAAAUGGUGGUACUCGGCCUUCCACAAUGUCACGGCCAUGGUCGGAGCCGGCGUCCUCAGCCUCCCCUACGCCAUGUCCGAACUCGGAUGGGGCCCUGGAGUAGCUGUGCUAGUCCUGUCAUGGAUCAUCACCCUGUACACGUUGUGGCAAAUGGUAGAGAUGCACGAGAUGGUCCCUGGGAGGAGGUUCGAUCGGUACCAUGAGCUCGGGCAGUACGCGUUCGGCGAGAAGCUCGGGCUCUAUAUCGUGGUCCCUCAGCAGCUGGUGGUCGAGGUCGGUGUCAACAUCGUGUACAUGGUCACCGGAGGGACGUCGCUGAAGAAGUUCCACGACACCGUGUGCUCGGACUGCAAGAAGAUCAAGACCACCUACUUCAUCAUGAUCUUUGCCUCUGUCCACUUUGUCCUCUCCCACCUCCCCAACUUCAACUCCAUCGCUGGCGUCUCCCUAGCUGCAGCCGUUAUGUCUCUUAGUUACUCGACCAUAGCUUGGGGAGCCUCCGUAGACAAGGGCGUUCAGCCGGACGUGAAGUACAGUUACAGGUCUUCGACCACGCCAGGGAAGGUCUUUGACUUCUUCAGCGCCUUGGGCGAUGUGGCUUUCGCAUAUGCGGGGCACAAUGUGGUCCUGGAGAUUCAGGCGACUAUCCCCUCCACUCCCGAGAAGCCGUCCAAGGGCCCGAUGUGGAGAGGAGUCAUUGUCGCCUACAUUAUCGUGGCUCUCUGCUACUUCCCGGUUGCUCUAGUUGGUUACUAUGUUUUCGGGAACAAAGUCGAGGGCAAUAUCCUCAUCUCCCUGGAGAAACCGAAGUGGCUCAUUGCAAUGGCAAACAUGUUUGUUGUCAUCCAUGUUAUCGGAAGUUACCAGAUUUACGCAAUGCCGGUGUUUGACAUGAUAGAGACUGUAUUGGUGAAAAAAUUGCACUUCAAGCCAACCAGAAUGCUUCGUUUUGUGGCUCGCACUGUCUAUGUCGCAUUCACAAUGUUCAUCGGCAUCACUUUCCCAUUCUUCAGCGGCCUUCUUUCAUUUUUCGGAGGACUUGCUUUCGCCCCGACGACGUACUUUCUUCCUUGCAUAAUGUGGCUCGCAGUCUACAAACCGAGGAAGUUUAGCUUAUCCUGGUGGUCGAACUGGGUAUGCAUCAUCUUCGGGCUUUUGCUGAUGAUCUUGUCACCCAUCGGAGGACUCCGGCAGAUCAUCCUCCAGGCCAAGACAUACCAAUUCUAUUCCUAGACUCGCAUGGAAGCGAACCGGGUUUGUCUCCGAUGCAGACCAGUUCAGAUUCCGAGUGCCCAUAGAGACAGAUCAUAGAACAUGGUGGGCAAGACUAAAUAUUCAAGCAGGAACACGUCUGGUUAUUAAUGGAGUAUCAGUACAUUGUGCGUCUGUGAUGGGUGAUUUGUGCAACUUCUCUAUGCUCUUUCCUUCCGUUCCUGUGUGCAUAUAUCUUCUCUUGCUGCGUAAUUCUUCUUUAAGGAUCUUUAGAAAAGAUUUGUGGCUUUAGUUAUUCUUCAUUCAGUUC